CCUUGUCUGUCCUGAUGCCACCUGCUCCUGAGAGGCCAGGGCCACUCACCAUUUCCAGGAAAUCUCUUAGAAUGACAGGCAGAGGAAGAAGAAGAUGGACAUGUUUUUGAGGACAAUCCCGAAGGAGCACUGUGUCAGGAUCCUAGACGAGACAUUUUACCCAAGGAAAAGGAUCUAUGCAUUCUGGGCUUUUGUCCUUGGAAAGGAUGUGCUGACGGUCAGUGUGACCAAAGGCUCACCCGGGCCUGAGGCUCUGAAGCCAACAGACCCUGUACAGGUGCUUGGCUGGAUCCCCUGGCUCUGUCCCCUAAGAGCUAUUGCAUCAAGGUGGGGAAAACGGGAAAAGCGUCACCAGAAACAGCAUCCUGGGCAGGAGAGAGUUCAGCAGGGCCUGGGGAUCCUUACCCUCCAGCGCAGCGUCCGCGGCAGGGCAGGGAGGGAGCUCAAGGGAGUCGACACACCCGACGUCCUGUUCCCACUGGCCGGGCCGGAGGCGGCGGUGCGGGCCAUCUGUGAGGCGGUGGCCUUCUGGGCACCUGGACCGCACGCGGUGCUGCUGGUGACGCAGCUGGGCUGCUUCACCAAGGAGGACUGGCGGGUCGUGCGGCGCCUGCAGCAGGAGGCCUUCGGGGUGGGCGUCCUGGCGCACUCGGUGCUGGUGUUCACGCGCGUGGCGGCCCUGGAGUGCGGCUCGCUGGAGGAGAACGUGCGGACAACCAGCACCUGCCCCAGCUGGACGCGGUGGCGCGAGGCGCAGCUGCGGGAGCUGCUGCAGGUGGUCGAUGGCGUCCUGUGGGAACACGAGGGCCACCCCUACAGCCCCCGGGCCUACCGGUACUCCCAGCAGCGCAGCCUGCUUGGGGCUGCGCGGGACACGCAGAUUCACCCAGGGCAGGGUUCCGAGGGGGCGCCCCCCACCCAGGAGCCCCUGCUGGAGGGACUGUGCCAAUUGCAGAAGGAAUUCGAGAAGGUUCAUAGACAUCUGCUCAGCAGGGAGCCCAUUUGA